AUGGCCGCCGCUGGAGGACCUUUGUGCGGAGGCCCCAAGAUGGCCGCCCUGGGUGAAGGGCCGGCAGCAUCCAACAUGGCCGCCCCCAGCGGAGAGCUGGCGGCUGCAGGCCCCAAUAUGGCCGCCCCCGGCGGGACUUUGUGCGCGGGCCCCGACAUGGCCGCCCCCAGCGGUGCCCUGUCCUGUGUAGGCCCCAAUAUGGCCGCCCCCAGUGGUGCCCUGUCCUGUGUAGGCCCCAAUAUGGCCGCCCCCAGUGGAGCUCCAUCUUCUGUAGGCCCCAAUAUGGCCGCCCCCAGCGGCCCCAACAUGGCCGCCCCCAGCGGGGAGCCGGCGGCCGAGGGCCCCAACAUGGCGGCGGGGGCGGGCCCCGGCGGGGGCGGGGCCUCCCCGGGGCCCCGCCCCUUCGCCUGCCCCCGCUGCCCCAAGCGCUUCGGGGCCCCCGCGGGGCUGCGCAAGCACCAGCGCCGCCACGGCCCCGCCCCCCCGGGCCCCGAGGCCACGCCCCCCGCCCAGGGGGCGGGGCUCCGCCCUGGCCACGCCCCCCCGCAGGCCCCAUAG